UCCACCUUCACUUCAACUAUUUACUCAGCCUGGAGAACACUUUUUUUUUAAAUUAUUUUUCUCUCUCCUCUUUUUGUUUUUUUUGUUGACAUUUUAAACAAUCCCAGAUGCGCGUGUUGGUGCGUCCUGCGCGCGCCGUGCGUAAAAGUUGAAGGAGGAGGCAAUAAAGGCCGGAUUCUUUGCUUCUGGGGGAACAUUUAAGUUUGCGGGCAUGAACGCGGAUACGUGCGUGUCUUACUGCGACAUGACGGCCAUGGAUUCUUACUUCAGUCCUCCGGCCGCGGCCGCCAGGGAGCAGCAGGCCGACACCUUCAGGACUUUCAACGCCGGCUUCGGGGGAACCAAGGGACAAUACGCAGACAAGUCCCGGGCUAGUCCCUUCCAGGCGCUGGACGGCGCGGAGGCCGAGGGCUCCUUCGCCAACAAGUACCCGCUCUACCUGCACUCCAGGCCCGCCUGCAAGACGCCGCCGGACGCCGGCAUGCUGGCCUGCUACGCCGGAAAAGACAACAACGGCCUGACAGAGUCCGAGCUGCCCUCUGGUGUCGACGCCCCCGGGAUGGAAGGCAGCUACCUAAACCUGAAGGAAAGUGGCGUGAAGGGGCCGAGCGAGCGUCCGGGUUCAGAUCUUUCCAGCCCUCUGGACAAAAACGAGGUUGAGAGCAACAAAGGCAAGAAGCGGCGCAAUCGCACAACGUUUACAAGCUACCAGCUGGAGGAGCUGGAGAAGGUCUUCCAGAAGACUCACUACCCAGACGUGUACGCCCGCGAGCAGCUGGCGCUGAGGACCGACCUGACGGAAGCUCGAGUGCAGGUGUGGUUCCAGAACCGCAGAGCCAAAUGGAGGAAGAGAGAGCGCUUUGGUCAGAUGCAACAGGUCCGAACACAUUUCUCUACUACUUAUGAGCUGCCUCUCCUAACUCGGCCAGAGAACUAUGCGCAGAUCCAGAACCCGUCUUGGAUCGGUAGCAGCAGUGGAGCUUCUCCGGUGCCAGGUUGUGUCGUUCCCUGCGAUACCGUGCCCCCCUGCAUGCCCCCUCAUCCACACGGUCACGGCGGGGUCUCCGACUUCCUGGGUGUGCCCAGCCCAGGGGGGAGCCACAUGGGACAGACGCAUAUGGGCAGUCUUUUCGGGGGACCAGGAAUGGGCGGAGGAAUGAACGGCUACGAUCUCAAUGUGGACCCAGACCGCAAGUCAUCCAGCAUAGCGGCGCUGCGUAUGAAGGCCAAGGAGCACAGUGCCGCCAUUUCUUGGGCAACCUGAUGUUCCGUGCCUCCUGAGCGGCCAUCCUCAAGUACUAUGGGGGAGUUUUGCAGCGUGCACUAAUUGCUAACGCAGGUCAAAUGAACAGGUAGAGACUGUACGGAUAGCAGCAUACAUCGCGAUGGAUUCAGUGAAAUACUGGGGACCAUUCACAUAGUGCUCAUUUCCAAAAAGUAAAAUGAGAAACAUAUAGAGUACAAGCCAAAACUUUGGACACACCUUCUCCUGACUCAAUGCAUCUUCAUGACUAUUUACAUCAAGCCUGGGCAAUUAUUGACUCGGGGGCCACAUUUAGAGAAAAAAAUGUGUCUGAGGGCCGGUAUAUCUAUUUUCAGGAACACAAAUACAAAACCUCCAGAUAAUGUCUGAAAGAAUGCUAAAAACUUGAUGACAGACCGCCUUAAGAAACUUAAUGGAAUUUAAAAAUUUUCUAUGAAGGAUAAAACACUGAAUAUUGACAAAAUAUAAAUGUCACACCCUCUUUUGAUCGACAUAUUUUACAACCAAGUGAAACGCAACAAAUGUGCAACAAAGCGAAAUAUGGACGCGAAGUGUACAAAAUAAACCCACCUACAAUCUGAUAUACCACUAAGUUUUAGAACUUUGUUGUGAAAAUCGAUCGCGUCUGUGGUGGCUCGUCUGAGCCGCUGUGACAUAGAUGACCAUAGUAACUAAUUAGAUGACCAGAGUAACUAAUUAGAUGACCAUAGUAACUAAUUAGAUGACCAGAGUAACUAAUUAGAUGACCACAGUAACUAAUUAGAUGACCACAGUAACUAAUUAGAUGACCACAGUAACUAAUUAGAUGACCACAGUAUCUGGUAUAUCAUCCAUAAGCGCAGAUUCCAAACAUUGAAAUACUUUGUAUUGGGGUGUAACGGUACAUGUGUUUGUAUUGAACCGUUUCGGUAUAGGGGUUUCGGUUCGGUACGGGGGUGUACCGAACGAGUUUCUAAGCUCAAGUCUUAACAAGCUGCUUUGCUUCUUCUGCCUCUGUCUCAGCACCCAGCAUUGUCCCACCCACACAACCAUCUGAUUGGUUACAUAGAUAGCUGUAACAGCCAAUCAGCAGUGCGUAUUCAGAGCACAUGUAGUAUAUUUAUCAGCGUCGAGCAGAUAGGUGUUUAGCAGGUGAGCAAAAGGCAGCGUACUCUCCCCAAAUGGUAAUAAACACCUCCCAGUCAACUACUACUAACAUCACUAUGAGCCUGUUGGCCUUCUAGAAAAUUAAACUGCAGCUCAGCUCGCUCGCAGUCCUGGCUUGAGGUGAAGGCUAAUUAGCUUUUAGCGUAACGUUAACUCAUUUUGCGGUGUGUGUGUGUAUGUUUGUUUGUUUUACGGACAUUAAAGCUUUGAAUGGCAAGGUCCCUGCUAUCACAUGUUGACAAAAAUAUAACAUUUACAUAAUAAAAAUCAACUACAGGCUUCCCAAAUGCUGUGAUAAAUGAAGCAUGAUGAGUUGACUUGAAACUGUUUAAUGUUGCACUUUUUAUAUGUAGAAGAACAUUUUUGUAAUUUUAUUUAAUCCAAGCAACAACUUGAGGCAGUUUAAUGUGGAUUAACGUGGGCAGAAUUAUUAUAGUGUUCCCAAUGUUAAAAGGAUAAAGCCAUCGUUUACAAAUUUGGUAAAUAGAUAAUCAAGAAAUUUAUAUUUUGUUGUUUGCUUACUAUACCGAAAAUGAACCGAACCGAGACCUCUAAACCGAAGUAUGUACCGAACCAAAAUUUGUUGUGUACUGUUACACUCCUACUUUGUAUAGUUCAGUACUUACGGUCAAUAGAAAACAUCACUGUACAUCAUAAUGGCAGCUACACUUACCAUCUUAAAGAUUAAAAAAAUUAAAUAUUUGGGAAUGUGGCCCCCGGGCCUUAAUUUGCCCAGGUCUGAUUUACAUUGUCACUGAAGGCACCAAAACUAUGAACGAACACACGAGGAAAAAACCUGAAGCCCUGUUCAGUGGCUAUGUGGCUAGAGUGUCCGCCCUGAGAUGGCUAGGUCGUGAGUUCAAACCCCGGCCGAGUCGUACCAAAGACCAUAAACAUGGGACCCGUUCCCUCCCUGCUUGGCACUCAGCACCAAGGGUUGGAAUUGGGGGUUAAAGCCACAAAAAUGAUUCCCGGGCGCGGCCACCGCUGCUCACUGCUCCCCUCCCCUCACCUCACCCCCCCAGGGGGUGGAACAAGUGAAGUGAAUUAUAUUUAUAUAGCGCUUUUCUCUAGUGACUCAAAGCAAUUUACAUUGUGAAACCCAAUAUGUAAGUUACAUUUUUAAAAGCAGUGUGGGUGGCACUGGGAACAGGUGGGUAAAGUGUCUUGCCCAAGGACACAACGGCAGUGACCAGGUUGGCAGAAGCGGGGAUCGACCCUGGAACCCUCAAGUUGCUGGCACUGCCACUCUACCGACCGAGCUGUACCCGCCAACAAGGGAAUGGGUCAAAUGUAGCGAGUCAUUUCCCCACACCUGGUAAAUGUGUGACUAUCAGUGGUGCUUUAACUUUAUGUGGAGUUAUGUAUUUAACGAAAAAGGUGAAAUAACUAAAAACAUAUUUAAUAUUUUAGUUCCUUCAAAAUAGCCACCUUUUGCUCGGACUACCGCUUUGCACACUCUUGGCAUUCUCUCCAUGAGCUCCAAGAACACGUAGGUUCUCAGGUGUCAUCGUUUUGAUGCCUUCAGUGGUAAUCUACAACGUAAAUAGUCAUGAAAAUAAAUAAAAACAUGUUUAAAUGAGAAAGUGUGUCCAAACUUUUGGCCCUGUACUGCAUAUCAGCGGCGUAGCGGUACAACAUACUCACGGUUUGGCACAUAGUUGGCUGUUAUGGUUAUGGUUCGGUUCAUUUGUUAGUACCUUAAAGUACCUUAAGUACCCAAAAUGUUGAAAGAGCCAUAUUUGACUAAAAAAAACACACAAAAAUGGUAUGUCUGGAGCCACAAAAAUAAAAAAAAUGAAAAGCCUUAUUAUAUAAGUGUUA